CCUAAUUCCCUAAAUCCAUAGUCUCUUUACCUUGCUCCUAUACGGAAAAAUUGUAGCAGAGAGAACGAGAGCCGAGAGAGCAAAGGAACCCUAAAACGUCUUCUUGAGUCUCGAUUUUCUUCCUGAAACGUUGCUUUUGUGAGUCUUCUCCAAUGGGCAGAGAAACGGCCAUACUAGAAGAACUAGCAUGAUCAUCAUCUGCAUCUAUCUGUAGUUUUGAGCUCUCAUGUCUCGACCUUUUAUCAGGAUGGAAGUUGAUGGUGUGAUUACCACAGAAGAACAGCCCGUGGGUGUGACUAUGGAUUUGGAGCAAGAGCAAGAGCAAGAGCAAGAACAACAAGAGCAUGAGGAAGACGAAGUGGAAAAUGAAGAUGAGGAGGGAGUUGAAGAGGGAGUUGAAGAGGGAGAUGGGGGAGGAGAUAACGAAAAUGAUGAAAGUCUAGAGAUUGAUAAGAAAAGAAAGAGAAGGAGAUCUGCGGUUUGGGAUGAGUUCGAUGAAGUAAAAGGAACAAACAAAAUGCAAUGCAAACAUUGCAAGGCGCAACUUCAAAUCAGUGGUGGCACGACAUCUCAUUUCAGGAGACAUUUAAAGGGAUGUGCAAGAAGGAUGACAAAUCAAAAGUCUCAAAAGAUAUUGGGUUUCCGCUCGGGUAAAAUCACUAGUGAGACAUCUCCUCAUUCUGCUUUUAUAUAUGAUUAUAAGAAGGUCAGAGAUAGUAUUGCACAUUUUAUUCUCAUGCAUGAGCAUCCAUUCUCUAUAGUGGAGCAAGAGGGAUUUAAUCUUAUCAUGAAGAAUAGUUCUCAUGAGUAUAUACCAUAUACUCGUAUCACUACGCAAAGUGAUUGCAUGGAAGAGUAUGAUAAAGAAAAAAAGAAGUUGAAGUCAUUACUAAAAAAUGUUAGCAAAAUUUGUUUGACAACUGACACGUGGAGGUCUUGUCAACAAAUAGAAUACAUGGUUGUUACUGGACACUUUGUUGAUGCUAAUUGGAAAUUGCAGAAAAGAGUACUUAACUUUGUGAAUAUACCACCUCCACGAGGUGGUGUUGAUAUUGCUGAUGCUCUCUUCAAAUGCAUGACUGAGUGGGGAAUUGAAAAUAAAGUUUAUUCUUUGUCUGUUGAUAAUGCUUCUUAUAAUGAUGUGGCAAUUAGAACUUUGAAGAACACAUUUCUAAGAAAUAAGAAAUUGAUACUUGAUGGAAAAUUGUUUCAUGUUCGUUGUUGUGCACACAUUCUCAAUCUUUUAGUUCAAGAUGGAAUUGCUGCCAUUGAUGAUGUGAUUUACAAUGUGAGGGAAAGUGUCAAAUUUUUGAAAAAUUCUGAAGCACGAUUUUUGAAGUUCACUGAAAUAGUUAAGCAAUUGCAACUACCUGCUAGGAAGCUGAUUUUGGAUGUUCCAACACGUUGGAACUCUACUUUUGAGAUGUUGUCACUUGCUUUGAAGUUUAAGGAUGCAUUUUUUAUUUUUAAAGAGAGGGAACCUCUUUAUCAUAAUUUACCAACAGAGGAAGAAUGGGAGAGAGUAGAGAAUGUGUGUCAAAUCUUAUCUGUGUUCAACACAAUCACUAAUCUCAUAUGGGGAAGUGACUACCCAACUUCUAAUUUAUUUCUUUCUGAGAUGUAUCGAGUGAAAGAAAUUUUACAAAAGAGAGCAAUGGAUAACAACAUAUACAUCAAAGCUAUGGUUGGGAAAAUGAAUGUGAAGUUUGAGAAGUAUUGGGUCCGAAGUGAUAUACAAUAUUGAGAAGGUCCGUGGAGCUUUAUAUGAAAUGUAUGAGCAGUAUGCAGCUAAUUUUGCCUCAACCAACGAGGAAGGUAGUAGCCAGAGAUCAUCUAAAUCCCAGGGAGAUGAUGUUGGUUCUAGCUCUACAGUUGAUAUUAAUU